CAGCUCUACCUCUUUGUCUACUCCAACAUCCUCCCUCACAUCCGUUAGCUCUUUUCUCAAUUUUGACAGCUCGUUCGGUCUUCCUCGGACCAUUCUGUGAGAAUUGACCAAGGAGCCAUAAAUUAUCGCGAGUGCCGCGCGGACGAAUUGAUCCGCUCACCUCCGGCGCGCCCACCAUUUCCUCCUCCUGGGAUGUCGAGUUGACUUCUCGAUUAAGCCGCUGACUCGGCGAUGGUCAGACUCCGCGACAGGAUCGCAUCGUCGCAUCUGGCCCUUUUGAAAUUUGAAAACGUCCAUCUCCCGCACCAACACCCUCUCUCACAACCCGCACCUGUCACCAUGUCAUCCAUGGGGCGGGCGAUCCGACGACUGGGCUCCUCACGGAAGCUCAACACAGCAGAGGGGAUCAGCACUGACUCGCUGAUCUCGAUCCCAGAAGAAGCGCCGCAAGUGAAUCUUGCGCCGGUGGACACUCAGUUGAACAUGCACCGGUUCAACACACUUUUUGAGGAGGAAAUGGCGGUAGAAGGCCCCAAAGACUCUCACACCUUGCCCGCGCAAGCCCCCACCUCGGCAAGUCCACGCCUCGGCAACGAGGCCCCGGCAGAAUGGUCGGCUGUCGGCCACGCAGCAGCAACCGGCAAGUCAGGCCGUGUCAUCCACAACCUGCAGGAGGAGGUGGCUCGUCUGAAGCGGGACUCCGCCCUCUGGCAAUCCAGAGCGGAGGAGUCUCAGCGAACCAGCGAGGCCCUCAAAAUCCAGAUGGAGGAGAUGGCCGAUUGGCUCCGCCACAAGGAGCAGGUCAAUGAGACCAGUCUCAAGUCCAUUGACCGGAAGAACCGCAAGAUCGAGGAAUUGCGGGCCGAGCUGCAUGCCGAGCGCACCAAGCGCCACGACGCGCAAAUCGUAGCAAACGAGACCAACGAGGCGAUGCGUGUGGAACGCCAGAACCACAAUCGCGAAACCGCUCGUCUGCAAGAGGAGGCCAAGUACUUCAAAAACCAGUACGAGGUCCUGAGCAGUGCCACGAAGCGCGAAAAGGCCGACCUGGAGCGCCGGGUGGACAAGGCGUGGGAAAAGGUGAACUCCAUUGCGGAGACGUCGAGCACCCAAGGCGAGUGCGCUAAGCGCCUAAUGGUCAUCGGGGACCAGAAGAACCGAGAGAUCGACGGGCUGUACGAGGUGUAUAACAAGGCGAAGGCCUUACAUGCCGACUACAAGGAGACCAAGGACAAGGAGUUCCGGGGCACCAUCGAUCGGGCCCAUGCCAACAACGCACUGAUCGAUGCUACUCUCAAAGAGCUCAAGGAAACUCAGGACAAGAUGAGGUGGGUGAUUCGGAUGAGUGAGCUCAAUGAGAGCAAGAAAGCCAACGGACAGCAGACCAAGGAAGCCGAGGAGCAACCAACAUCCGAACCCCCAUCCUCCUAGUGCGCUGGUUGCCGCUCUCAACCCUUGGAACUUGGUAACGGGCUAGUUUCUAUGCUCAGUUCCAGUCCACGGCCCCCUUGAUUCCUGUCCUUUCUUUCCUGUCUUCUGCUACUCGACAUUUGAUCUUUCGGUCCGUCUUUCUUCCGCCCAUGCCAUAAACGCCUGAGGUCCAUCCGCCGCGCCAUCAUCAUCAAUACAACGCCUGUCCUCCGUCCUCCAUCAUCCGUCCUCCGCUUCUCUUGGUCCGACACCCCUUCUCUUUCCUCGACCAUCUCUUUUUCAUGUUCAGACCUUUCGUGGUUUCCGGCGUUUUGGCAGCGAAGAUACCCAUUGCUGCAGUUCGGUCAAGAACUCCGUUUCAUCCCUUUUCUUUUACCAUACUUCGCCGCCUCUCCCGCCUCUGCUGCUCUUCCUCUCUCCUGCCUCCCUCAUUCUUAGAGUUGAUGCCGUGAUGACCCUGCAUUAUUUGGUUCGGUUUCUUUCGUGCUUCUAUCUUCAUGCACAUUUGCAUCUGGGUUUUCGUUCAUGCUACACCGCAUCUAUGGGCGAUAUUCUUACUUUUCUCUGUACCAAUACCCUUUCUUCUGAUGUUUUCUAUUCCAACA